AAAUUAUCAACAUCUUUUCAGGACGUCAGGAUGUACGGCAGAUCCGAAGACAAACAGAACUUCCUUGGGGCUUUCAAGUCAGAGGAUGAGUAUGGCAUGGGCGUUGGCGGUGGGACGACAGUGAAUGACUGCUCUAAAAUCUACCGCCUUGGCUUUCUUAGGAAAGUCUACGGCAUCCUCACUAUUCAGCUGAUUGCAACGGCGGUGAUUUGCGCCAUGGCGAUGAGAAUUCCUGGGGAAGUGGUGAAAACAAAGAGCGUAGACUAUACUGUUCUUGCGUUUGGCUCCUUCCUGGCAGGGUCGCAAGGGUUCCAGAUUGUGGUCUUCAUCGUGUCCAUUGGUGUUCUCUUUUGGCUCAUGUUCAAGAAGGAUAGCUACCCCACUAACAUGAUCCUGCUCUCGUUCUGGACCGUGAUGAUGGCGAUGACUGUGGCGACAGCUUGCUCGGCCACCAUCUGCGACCCAUUGGUGCUUCAGUCGGGCAAUGUGGUCCCUCUCAGCAUGGCAACAAAGGGAGGUUCAAUGUCGCUGUACGGCGGCUCUCUGAAAUGCGCGAUGAACACCCCUCGUUUCUAUGAGGGCUCAAACUCUGUCCUGAUGGCGCUUGGCAUCACCGCGUCGCUCUUCUUCGCCCUCACAGCCUUCACGCUGCAGUCCAAGUGGGACUUCAGCUUCCUGGGAGCUGGCUUGUUUGCAGCAACAUGGAUCCUUGUGAUCUGGGGAUUCGUCAUGAUGCUCUUUGGAGGAGGAGCCAACGUGCGCUACCUGUACGCGCUAGCGGGAUCUGUGAUCUUCUCUCUUUACAUUGUGUUCGACACAUGGAUGAUCACGAACCGACUCGGCCCGGAUGAUUACAUCAUCGCAGCCAUUGACCUGUACCUCGACAUCAUCAACCUCUUCAUCUUCAUCCUCCAGUUGUUGAGGAGAGAGUGAUGGUCCAGCAUCUCAGACCUCAGCCAUGUGGAAGUUUUUGGAGUUGACGUGCGCUAGUCUACUUGCAUGCGUGUGUACUUGUACAGAACAGACAUUACAGAACUGAAGAU